CUCCAAGGACCCCCCCCCCCCCCCCCCUCCCUUCCAUUCGUCGCCGUCCUCCUCCGCGCUACUGGACAGAUCCAUCCGUGCUCGGAUCGCUUCCUUCUCUUGGUUCAGCGUAUGGUCAUGUCUUCUUCAAUGGACUCAUCAUACCUUCCUGCUACCACUGAGUCAAUUGCAAUGGCCCAGGAGGCUAAGGAUGCUUCAGAGUCAAUAUCGAUCCUUUACCGUGUGAUUCAAGACCCGUCUUCUUCUGCAGAUGCACUGAGAGCAAAAGAACUUGCAAUUACCAACCUUACAAAUUACCUCACUCAAGAGAACCGAGCUGAGGAGCUGCGAAACCUUUUGACCCAGCUCAGGCCAUUUUUCUCACUGAUUCCCAAGGCCAAGACUGCAAAAAUUGUCCGUGGAAUCAUUGAUGCUGUCUCCAAGAUUCCUGGAACAUCUGAUCUCCAGAUCUCGCUGUGCAAAGAGAUGGUGGAAUGGACCCGUGCAGAGAAGCGCACGUUCCUCAGGCAGCGUGUGGAGGCAAGGUUAGCGGCACUUUUGCUGGAGAAUCAGGAGUACACUGAAGCCCUGACCCUCCUUACUGGUCUUAUCAAGGAAGUCAGGAGACUUGAUGACAAGUUACUCCUUGUGGACAUAGACCUCUUGGAAAGCAAACUCCACUUCUCACUGAGAAACCUGCCAAAGGCCAAAGCUUCGUUGACUGCUGCAAGGACAGCAGCGAAUGCCAUCUAUGUUCCACCGGCUCAGCAGGGCACUAUUGAUCUGCAGAGUGGAAUCCUUCACGCAGAAGAAAAGGAUUACAAAACUGCUUACAGCUACUUCUUUGAAGCAUUUGAAGCUUUCAAUGCACUGGAUGACCCAAGAGCUAUCUUCAGCUUGAAGUACAUGCUCUUGUGCAAGAUAAUGGUUAACCAAGCUGAUGAUGUUGCUGGAAUAAUCUCAUCUAAGGCUAGCCUAAAGUAUGUUGGUCCGGAUGUUGAUGCUAUGAAAGCUGUAGCUGAUGCCUACUCUAAAAGAUCUCUCAAGUACUUUGAAACUGCCCUCCGUGAUUUCAAAUCCCAGCUUGAGGAGGACCCAAUUGUUCACAGGCAUCUGUCCUCUCUGUAUGAUACCCUCUUGGAGCAGAAUCUGUGCAGGUUGAUUGAGCCCUACUCGAGAGUGGAGAUUGGGCAUGUUGCACAGAUGAUUGAACUGCCGGUUGAUCAUGUUGAGAAGAAGCUGUCGCAGAUGAUUCUAGACAAGAAAUUUGCUGGUACUCUGGAUCAAGGUGCUGGUUGCCUCAUCAUCUUUGAGGAUCAGAAGACAGAGGCCAUCUUCCCUGCUACACUGGAAACCAUUUCUAAUGUUGGAAAGGUCGUGGACAGUCUUUACAUGAGGUCGGCCAAGAUCAUGGCUUGAAGGCAACCUUUAAGACAUGUAAUCCUGCAUAUUGAUGCACUGGCAUGUGAUAGUUUGACUGUUUGGUAUGGUUUCAGCCUUUUCAGUGCCUUUGCCGCCUUUAAGACAUGUAAUCCUGCAUAUUGGCACUUGAUUUUGUAUGUCGGUCGUUAUGUUGGAUCAUAGAAAAAUCCACCUUGCUCAUGAACUGGACAAUUUGUUAAUUUUAUGCGGUGGAUGUACCGAUGCUAGCUUGUCCAAACAUAAAUGGGUAGUUCACUCACUUGCUUUGGUUGGUAUGUUGAACUUAUGCUGUUAAGGGAUUUCCAUCAGUGUUGAAACUGGGCCUAACAUUUAUCGUA